AUGCCAUUCAUGAAGUCAUCGAAAACCAUAUCUAUUUCGGGAAAAACUUUUAAUAUAGAAGAAAUUCAACGUCUUAUACCUGAUUUAGAAAAUGACAUUAUUAAGAAAGAUCGAAUUAUACAUGAAUAUAAAUGUGUACAUGAUACUUAUCGCCAACGGAUAAAAGAAUUAGAAGAACAAGUUUUAUUUUUCCAGACAGAAUGUGACAAAUUACGUUCAGUAUUAGAACAGACAACUGUCUCUGCUACAUCACCUCAUAAAGGUUCAUCCCAAAAAAGUUCUGCUGAAAUGUUAGUUGAUGAUUUACAAAAUAAGACAGCUUUAUCAACAGUUAAACAUCAUGAUAAUAGUACAAGAGCUAAAAAAGUUGCUGUAUCUGCUGAACCAACAAUAUUUAAUAAAGAACAAAAUAAUGGUGUUUUAAAACAUCAUCCAAAAUCUGUUAGUGAUAAACGUUUAAUAAGAGAAGCUGUCCAAAAAAAUGAUUUUUUAAGACAAUUAGAAAAAGAACAAGUAAUUGAAAUUGUUGAAAGUAUGUAUGAAUGGAAGGUACCCUCUGGAGAAUGGGUUAUUAGAGAAGGUGAACCAGGAGAACGAGUAUUUGUUGUUGCUAAUGGUAUGUUAAGGGUAACAAAAGAAGGAAAAGUUCUUCGUGAUAUUGGUGCUGGUAAUGUUAUUGGAGAACUUGCUAUAUUGUAUAAUUGUACAAGAACAGCAAGUAUACAAGCUAUUACUGAAGUUCAAUUAUGGGUACUUGAUAGAUCUACUUUCCAAAUGAUUACUAUGAAACUUGGUAUUGAAAGACAUAGUCAAAUGAUAAGUUUUUUGAAAAAAGUUUCAUUAUUCAGUAAUUUAAAUGAGGAUAGACUUUCAAAAUUAGCUGAUGUCAUGGAUCAGGAUUAUUAUCCAGGUGGACAUUAUAUUUUAAGGGAAGGUGAAAAGGGUAAUACAUUUUUUGUUAUUAAUUCUGGUAGUGUUAGAAUAACACAACAAAUUGAUGAUGAACCUGAACCAAGAGAAAUAAGAAUAAUGGGACCUGGUGAUUUCUUUGGAGAAAAAGCAUUACUUGGUGAACAAAUUAGGACAGCUAAUGUUAUUGCUAUGAAUCCUGGUGUUGAAGUUUUAACAUUAGAUAGAAUAUCUUUUCUUAAUCUUAUUGGUGAAUUAGAAGCAUUGAAACGGGAUUAUGGUGAUAAUGAACGUCGUCGUACACAUAAAGAAAAAAGACAUCCCUCAAAUGAGAUGUUAAAUCGUGAAAGAUGUGCUGUAAUGAAUGAAUUAAAAGAUCUUCAAUUAAAACAUUUAAAACGUAUUGCAACAUUAGGUGUUGGUGGUUUUGGUCGGGUUGAAUUAGUUUGUAUAAAUAAUGAUAAAUCAAGAACAUUUGCCUUAAAAGCAAUGAAAAAAAAACAUAUAGUUGAUACAAAACAACAGGAACAUAUAUUUUCUGAAAGAAAUAUUUUAUUCGAUCUCAAUUCUGAUUGGAUUGUUAAUUUAUAUAAGACAUUUCGUGAUAGCAAAUAUGUUUAUAUGUUACUAGAAGCAUGUCUUGGUGGUGAAUUAUGGACAACACUCCGUGAUCAUGGUCAUUUUGAUGAAUUUACAGCCCGUUUUUAUAUUGCUUGUGUUCUUGAAGCUUUAGAUUAUAUUCAUAGCAAAAAUAUUAUUUAUCGUGAUUUAAAACCAGAAAAUUGUUUAAUUACAGCAUCUGGUUAUAUCAAACUCGUUGACUUUGGUUUUGCCAAAAGAUUACCAAGUGGAAAAAAAACAUGGACAUUUUGUGGUACACCAGAAUAUGUUUCACCUGAAAUUAUUCUUAAUAAAGGUCAUGAUAGAUCAGCUGAUUUAUGGUCUGUUGGAAUAUUUACAUGUGAAUUAUUAUUAGGUAGACCACCAUUUCAAGCAUCUGAUCCAAUGAAAACAUAUACAUUAAUUUUAAAAGGUGUUGAUGCUUUAGAUAUUCCAAAUAAAAGAAUGGGUAAAGCUGCCACAACAUUUGUCAAAAAAUUAUGUAAAGAUAAUCCUGCAGAAAGACUUGGUAUUGGUGUUGAUGGUAUAAAUGAAAUACGCAAAAAUCGUUGGUUUAUGGGAUUUGACUGGGAAGGUCUUAGAAGUAGAACAGCAAAACCACCACUUAUUCCCAGAAUUGAAAAUGCUGCUGAUCAUAGGAAUUUUGAUAGUUAUGAAGUUGACAAUGAUAUUCCAACUGAUGAAUUUUCUGGUUGGGAUGAGGGAUUUUAA